CUGUAAAAUGACACUAUGUGGCUGGAAAGCUUGUUACACUGCCCCUUUAAGGGUUUGCUCACUCAUGCAGAAGUGAGCAAACCCUGGCAGGUUAGUGCCAGUUUUCGUACAUUUUCACCUCUGACAAAUUUUACACCCUGACAAAUAUCAGUCCAGAAGCAGCAGAAUUAAAUAUUUUGUAGAGUCACAUGUUUCUAUUUAGAUACUUGUUCUCAUUUGUAUAUAUUUAAUGCAUUUUAUACAUAAAUUUCUUUACACACGUUUUAAAUUCUAUACCACUAACAGUUAUGUUUGGUAAUGAGCCUGUCUGCCAAUACGCAAUUUGUGAUAAUUAUAUGUAUCCCUGUGUGAAAUGACUGCAAAGGAAUACUUUCCUUUGAACUGAACAGAACGUUCUCUUUGGACUACUGUACAAUCUAACUCUGCAGAGGAGCAGAAACAGAGCAGCUUUGUAAAGAAACCUCUGACUCAGGACGAUGUUCAGCUUCUGGCUACAAGCUGGAGUCAUUAACUGAUUCGUAGGAAGUCCUUUUCCACGCAGGUCCAGUAACAGCAACAGUCUGUUUUCUGAGGGGGUGGGUUCUGUUCGUUUCCCGGCAAAAUUGAGUCCAGAAAUUUCCUGCACGUGGGGGAAGUGCGACCACCUCUCUCCUAAUAUGGUCAAAGCUUCCGCUUGGAAGAGCGCGGAGCCCUUCACGGGCUGUGGGAAACAGCGGUUACAGAUGUCUGGUUGCCGCAAAUGUUUACACCUGGAAGCAGAUUUCUCUCAGGAAAUGUGUAACUGUCCGGAAAUCAUCGCGAGUCUGAGUCUGUUUGGCGCCGUCUUUGCGGAACACUGGAGCGUCUUUUGUUUACAUGUCGGCUAAGUGAAACUAAUAAACAGCAAGUGAAGGUAGCCUACUACAGCCUUAGCAUUAACGGGGCCGUUUAAAAUAAAGAGAAACUGAAAGAAGCUGCUGCAUCAUGAUGCAUCAUCAUCAUCAUCAUCUGCCGGGAGUCAAACCGCCUGCACUCAAAACUGCUGGGAGCAGCUGACUGAGCAGCUCAGUCCUCACACAGCAUCAGCAGCUCACCGAGCUACCUGCAGCCCAGGAGGGUCGGCCUGACUCACCCUGCUAGGCUGGAUGUGUGCUGAUCCGGACAGGGUGAACGUCGGUCCUGUUGGAGGAGAAACAUGCCCCUGCUGUUUAUGGAUACCGGGUGUGAGCUUAGCAGCCCCUGUGGCUCCCUGUCAGCGGAGGAGUGCAGCAGCAGCACCUCUGCUCUGGACAGAGAAGGAGAGGGGAACAAGCCUCGACCCAGAGUGACAAAAAGGCGAGAAAAGAACCGAGACGCGGCGAGGAAAAGCCGGCGUAAACAAACGGAGAGAGCUGAUGAGCUGCACGAGGAGCUGCAGAGUAUUGAGCAGUCAAAUUCGGCUCUGCAGAAGGAAAUUGCAAAGCUGAAGAAAGACCUCCGCCUCUAUGAGACGGCGCUGGAACGCCACAAACCUCACUGCCGCCUAAAGGACGCCGCUCCGUCCCCGGCAGAUCUCAAAACCAGCUCCGCUCCUCUGCAGGGCUCUUCCUCCUUAAACACCAGAGCUGGUUUAAAAGCCUUCAGUGAUCCUGAAAAGACUCGCCUCCCGUCUUCAUCUUCCUCUCCAGCAGCAGCAGCAGCCUCGUCGGCUAAACUCCUCGUCACAUCGUCCUCGUCGACUUCUACCUAUUCUGCCUCUUUCUCCACACAUCCAGCUCCUCAUUCUUUGUUUUGUGAACCGCCUCCCAGCUUCGUUCCCUCCACAGCAGCUCAGCUACUGACCAACGAAGCUAACACAACCGCCUCAGCAUCUCAAAGCAGUUCCUUUACAGACGAUUCAUUUUUAAGAACCCUCAGUUCCUCCUUUGCAGCUGCACCCGCAGUGCAUUCCUCCUCAGAUUUACCGAAGCAAAGUACUCCCAGGAAUCUGCCUCAGUUUCCUCCCUGCAGGUUCGGUGGAAGCAGUGCUGCGACCUUAGUGACCUCUCCCCCUGCUGCUCCUCUAGCCUCCAUCGACGGUUACGAUCACCAGGUUUCUCCAGCUCCUGAGUCUCUGCUGUCCCUGCUCACCGUGCCCAGCCCUCUGAAUCACUGUCAGAUCAGCUUUAACGCACCAGCACCAGCACCAGCACCAGCACCAGCCGCCUCUAAAGACAUGUCUCUCUCUGAGCUGCUGGAGGUCAACGAGUGGAUCCUGAGUGACUUCGGCAACCAGUAGCAUCACGGAACAGCU